CCGGGAGCCGCUGGGCACGCGGGUGCUCGCGAGCUCGUGCGCGAGUUGGGGGUCGCCGCGGCGUUCCGUGCUUGCCCGUCUCCGGCGCGCGCUCCCGCGCAGCUCCGGCCGCCCGCGCGCCCGCGCGCCCGCGCAGGGGCGCGCCUCAGGGCGGGCGCCUCCCUCUCACUCCCUCGGCUGCGAGCGCCGGCGGUGGCUGCCGGAGAGGCCCCUCCUUCUCGCCCCGCUCCAUUCCCUCGCUCGCGGCCGAGCGGGCUCCCGACCCUCCGCUGGCCAUGGCCGGCAACGUGAAGAAGAGCUCGGGCGCCGGCGGCGGCGGCUCUGGGGGCUCGGGAGCGGGCGGCCUGAUCGGGCUCAUGAAGGACGCCUUCCAGCCGCACCACCACCACCACCACCUCAGCCCGCACCCUCCUUGCACGGUGGACAAGAAGAUGGUGGAGAAGUGCUGGAAGCUCAUGGACAAGGUGGUGCGGUUGUGUCAAAACCCAAAACUGGCGCUCAAGAACAGCCCACCAUAUAUCUUAGACCUGCUGCCUGACACCUACCAGCAUCUCCGCACUGUCUUGUCAAGAUAUGAGGGGAAGAUGGAGACGCUUGGAGAAAAUGAGUAUUUCAGGGUGUUCAUGGAGAAUUUGAUGAAGAAAACUAAGCAGACUAUCAGCCUCUUCAAGGAGGGAAAAGAAAGGAUGUAUGAGGAGAAUUCCCAGCCUAGGCGGAACCUAACCAAAUUAUCCCUGAUCUUCAGCCACAUGCUGGCAGAACUGAAAGGCAUCUUUCCAAGUGGACUCUUCCAAGGGGACACUUUUCGGAUUACUAAAGCAGACGCUGCAGAGUUUUGGAGAAAAGCUUUUGGUGAAAAGACGAUAGUUCCUUGGAAGAGCUUUCGGCAGGCCCUGCAUGAAGUGCAUCCCAUCAGUUCUGGGCUGGAGGCCAUGGCUCUGAAGUCCACUAUUGAUCUGACCUGCAAUGAUUAUAUUUCUGUUUUUGAAUUUGAUAUUUUUACACGGCUGUUUCAGCCCUGGUCUUCUUUGCUCAGAAAUUGGAACAGCCUUGCUGUAACUCACCCCGGUUACAUGGCUUUCCUGACAUACGAUGAGGUGAAAGCCCGGCUCCAGAAGUUCAUCCACAAACCUGGCAGUUACAUCUUUCGCCUGAGCUGUACUCGUUUGGGUCAGUGGGCCAUUGGGUAUGUUACUGCUGAUGGGAACAUUCUGCAGACAAUCCCACACAAUAAACCGCUCUUCCAAGCACUGAUUGAUGGCUUCAGGGAAGGCUUCUAUUUGUUUCCUGAUGGACGAAAUCAAAAUCCUGACCUGACAGGUUUAUGUGAACCAACUCCUCAAGAUCAUAUCAAAGUAACCCAGGAACAAUAUGAAUUAUACUGUGAAAUGGGCUCCACAUUUCAACUAUGUAAGAUAUGUGCUGAGAAUGAUAAAGAUGUGAAGAUUGAGCCCUGUGGACACCUCAUGUGCACAUCCUGCCUCACGUCAUGGCAGGAAUCAGAAGGUCAGGGCUGUCCUUUUUGCCGAUGUGAAAUCAAAGGUACCGAGCCCAUCGUGGUGGAUCCGUUUGACCCCAGAGGCAGUGGCAGCCUAUUAAGGCAAGGAGUAGAAGGUGCUCCCUCUCCAAAUUACGAUGAUGAUGAUGAUGAGCGAGCUGAUGAUUCUCUCUUCAUGAUGAAGGAGUUGGCAGGUGCCAAGGUGGAAAGGCCUUCCUCUCCAUUCUCCAUGGCCCCACAAGCUUCCCUUCCUCCAGUGCCACCAAGACUUGACCUUCUUCAGCAGCGAGCACCUGUUCCUGCCAGCACUUCAGUUCUGGGGACUGCUUCCAAGGCUGCUUCUGGCUCCCUUCAUAAAGACAAACCAUUGCCAAUACCUCCCACACUUCGAGAUCUUCCGCCACCACCUCCUCCAGACCGGCCUUACUCUGUUGGAGCAGAAGCAAGGCCUCAGAGACGCCCUCUGCCUUGUACACCAGGCGAUUGUCCAUCUAGAGACAAACUGCCCCCUGUCCCCUCUAGCCGCCCAGGGGACUCAUGGUUGUCUCGGCCAAUCCCUAAAGUGCCAGUAGCUACUCCAAACCCUGGUGAUCCCUGGAAUGGGAGAGAAUUGACCAAUCGACACUCGCUCCCAUUCUCAUUGCCCUCGCAAAUGGAACCCAGAGCAGAUGUCCCUAGGCUUGGAAGCACAUUUAGUCUGGAUACCUCCAUGAAUAUGAAUAGCAGUCCAGCAGCAGGUCCAGAGAGUGAACACCCCAAAAUGAAGCCUUCCUCGUCUGCCAGCGCCAUUUACUCCCUGGCUGCCAGGCCUCUUCCUGUGCCAAAACUGCCACCUGGGGAGCAAGGGGAAGGUGAAGAGGACACGGAAUAUAUGACCCCCACAUCUAGGCCUGUAGGAGUUCAGAAGCCAGAGCCCAAGCGGCCUUUAGAGGCAACCCAGAGUUCACGAGCAUGUGACUGUGACCAGCAGAUUGACAGCUGCACGUAUGAAGCAAUGUAUAACAUUCAGUCCCAAGCACUGUCUGUAGUGGAAAACAGCGCCUCUGGGGAAGGGAAUAUGGCCACAGCCCACACCAGUACUGGUCCCGAGGAAUCCGAAAAUGAGGAUGAUGGCUAUGAUGUGCCUAAGCCACCUGUGCCAGCUGUACUGGCCCGCCGCACCCUGUCUGACAUCUCCAAUGCCAGCUCCUCUUUCGGCUGGUUGUCUCUGGAUGGCGAUCCCACAAACUUCAAUGAGGGUUCCCAAGUUCCUGAGCGGCCCCCCAAACCAUUCCCUCGGAGAAUCAACUCAGAACGAAAAGCGAGUAGCUAUCAACAAGGCGGAGGUGCCACUGCUAACCCUGCAGCAACCGCCCCCUCACCGCAGCUCUCAAGUGAGAUUGAACGCCUCAUGAGUCAGGGCUAUUCCUACCAGGACAUUCAGAAAGCUUUGGUCAUUGCCCACAACAACAUUGAAAUGGCCAAAAACAUCCUCCGGGAAUUCGUUUCUAUUUCUUCUCCUGCCCACGUAGCCACCUAGCACAUCUCUCCCUGCCAUGGCUUCAGAGGACCCAUGAGCCAGGCUCUUACUCAAGGAGCACCUAGGAAAGCAGUGGCUUCUUUUGGAACGUCACAGUGAGGUCUUGCCUUUUCUGUGGGGAUCGACACAUAUGGUCCCAAGAUUUCAAAGCAGUGGAUUGAAAAUGGAGCAGCUAAUGUGUUUCAUCCUUGUAUUGGUCUUAAGAGUGUUUUUGUAGUCCUGCAGUCUCCAUUAGGAAAGAGUGGGUUUUUAUUAAAUGGUAACCUACCCCAGGAACAGCACAGAAAGCAGUAGAAGUGCUGUGCUGUGGCCCUAAUUAAGGACUUAAGACUUUCCUGUUAAGGUGUGUGUGUCUAUGUCUGUGUGUCCUGUCAUUAUAAGAUUAUCCUGCUGUGUGUGAAUCCAGGCAGGGAAUUAGCACAAGCGCUUCAGGAAGGAAUCUCUGAAGACUCCCAUCUACUGUGGUAUUGCACCUAGCCCUGCUGGAUAUUACAACCUCAGUCCUCCCCUUUGGCUUAGGUUAUCAUGUACUUAGCUGUGUUUUAUAUUGUUAGAAAACCCCCUGUCCUUUCCCUUGGAAACUCCUUACUCCACUUCCUCCUUAUUGGUGUUCUGUAGACUUGCUGUGACCAGUCUUACUGAAACCAAGCAGUUUAUAGGAUGGUCUUUCUAAUGUGUGAUGGUGUUGGUUUGUUUGGUAGAUUAGGUGGGAAGGAACGUAUUAUUCUGUGGUUACAGUUAAUAACUGAUGCUAUCACCUAACACUGGUUACUCCAAAGUGCAGUUUCUAGGAAUGUUUAAUUUGUUUUUGUUUUUUUUUUUUUUUUAAAAAGAAGUUUCAAUUCUCCUAGUUUCCUAAAGACUGGUUUGAGAUAGAGGCCUUCACAUACAUUCCGUGUCCUCCUCAGGAAAUAGCCUGUGGGAGUCUGUUGCCUUGAUGCCAGGUAUAUGUUUCUGAUGCAGGUCAUGAGUCUUUCUACCUAACAGGAACAGAACAUUUUUUUCCAGGGUGGCUUUCCAGCCUAAAACCAUAGAGCUUUUAGGAAGCGUCAGUCAUAUAUACUAUUUAGAUUUACAAAAUAAACAGUAAGGACUUGUUUGUUUAGUCUUUCUUGCUAGUGGUUAACUUCAGCUUAGGAAUUUCUCCCUUGAGUAGGAGCCAGGUCAGCCUUUCUCAGAAAUGGAUUCUUUCUUUGCCCUCUAAGGAACGGAAAUAACACCCGUGAGUGUGCAGCAUUUGCAGAUAACAAGCGCUUUCUCUAGAUUGAUACGCCCAGUGACUUGGUUGUUCAUGUGCCUAGCUUGUGCUUUGGAGUGGUUUCUCUUUCUCUCUCCUUGCCUUUUUUAUUGGGUCCUAGAUAUAACCACCAUGUCAUCCAUCUACAGUAUUUAAACAUCAUUCAUUGAAAUUCUCUAGUCAAAGGUAGGACAGUGUAGUAGUUUGUGUAUUUACAGGUUCAUCAAGGAGAUCUAGAGUUGUUUUGGAGACCUGUUUCUGAGUCGUCAUAGUGAGCUCGGGUUCAGUUUGUUCUCAGACUAGAGUCUUGCUGUCUUCUCAGACAGCAUUGCCCUUUCUCCUGUGAGUACAAGCUGCUUUCACAGGAAUCCUCUCUGUUCUUUAGAUCCAGACAGAAAUGACCCACCAAGAAUCUGCUUUCUUUCCAGUCUUAACAUCUUUGCAACUAAAAUUUUUUGAACUCUUCUUUUAGUUUCUAGAUACUUCAAGGCUUGGAUUUUAUCCUCUUGCCUUAAGACUAUUCCCAAGGCAGAUACUAUAGUACUUUAUAUUGACUUGCUAUUGUUACCCAGUGUCUCCUCCGCAUAGCAUUGAGCAGAAAAUAAUAGCUUAUCAUCCACAAAAAGCUUGUGACAUCCAGUUUUGUGUUCAUUUGAAUAUUGAAAGCCUAGGCCAGGCUUGGUGGCACUUGUGAGAUGGUAGCAAGAUAAUCAGGAGUUCAGCACCAGCUUAAAGCUCCUCGAAACUGUCUCAAAAAUAAUGGGUUAAAGAGACGACUCUUCAGUUCAGAACAAGUGUUCUUACAGAGGACCUGGGUUUGGUUCCUAGCACCUGUAUGAAAUAUAUAAGCAACUCACAACCAUCUGUAACUUUAGUUCAAAGGAAUCUAAUGUCUUCUUCUGUUCUCUGUGGACACCAGGCACACAUUUGAUGUGCAUGCAUACAUACAUGCAGGCAGAUCAUUAAAUAAAUAUAUAUUAAAAAUUUUAAAAUUAAAGGCUUUAAAAGAGAACUAGGGAAAAGCUACAGGCUUCUAGUCUGCUGGGGUCUUAUUUUCCUUGUAGAUAUUGCCUAGAAUCUGAAGAUCAAGAAAACAAAGCAUUGGCUUGUACCUUUUGCCUUUUUUGUGUGUCUGAGUAUUCUCUGGAGGCUAAGGAUAUAGCUCAGUUGGUAGAGUGCUUGUCUAGCAUUCACAGAGCCAUGGUUCAGCCCCCACACUGCACAGAGCAGUGUGCUAAGGUACACCUCUUAACCCUUAGCACUCAGGUGGGGACAGUAUCAGAAGCUCAAGGCCACUUUUGCCUACAUAGCAAGUUUAAAACUAGACUGGGCUUCAUGAAACCCUGCCUCCAAAAGAAAACAAAAACCAAAUCUGCGGAGAUUACUGCCCAUACUAUCUAGGGAAAUGACAGUUUUGUCCCGCCCUCUGCUGAGCACAGUGUGAGCCCUGAAAUGGGCAUGUGCAGGGUAGGUGGGUGUUCAGUCCCUAGGCUAGACAGGCACAGCUGUGAUUGACAUGGGUGUUGGUUUAUCAGACGUAUAUCUGCAGGCAUUAAGGUUUGAGGCCAUUGUGUGUAGCCUUUGCUCCCAGGAUACACUGGGGCCCUUAACCAGUAUUAUUAGAUGUCCUUAUGAAGGUUUCAUGCCACUCAUUUUGGAUAGUCUCCAAAAUUUGAAUUUCUUCUUCCUGUGAGGGCAAAUUUCCUAUUUUUCAUUUUCCAUUUGUAUGGCAAAUUUUAAUUCUUUGGCUCUUCCUCUGAGUUUACCUAAAUCUGCCUUUUCAUAAACAAGCUUUAUUUUGAGUUUUGCUAUUUUUGGCAAGCCCACCCCCUUUCCCUGUUUUGUUUUACAAUUAGGAAAACCUUUUUAACGGUUCUCCUUUUUCUCAACUUCAUUAACCUAUUUUAUUCAACACAGGCCCUUGCUCUCUCCCGUGUCUUUGUGGAUUGCUUUACAUGCCAUCUUAUUGAUGCCAUGACUCCAGGCAAUAGUCCAGUCCCAGAACUGGAUAUUCUAGCUGUCCCUCCCACUGUCCUUCUAAAGUGAAAAUGGUUUUAAAAACCUGUGGGUUCUGAAGUAUACCUCUUCUAGUGAACAGACUGGGCAGCUCAUCAUCUCAGCUUUUGCAUGUUAAUAUUUAUUUAAGCAGCAAAUUGACCCUGGCUGCCCCUUCUCCAUAUCCCACUUCCUCCUCUCAGCCCUGCCCUGCAUAUUCUGCCAUUUUGUCUUUCUCUUUCAAUUCUCAGACAUGCCUGUCACGGGACUACAAUGUGUGAUAGUAGUACUGGCAUCUGUCAGCUGAAAUGAAUGGAAGGCACUAUUCUUCAUAUUUAAAAUAUUUAUUUCCUCUUUAGGAAAGUAAGAUAUGUUUUAUGGUCCAAGUAUCCAACUUACAAGUUAAUUUUUGCAGCACAACUUGCUUGCAGACCAAACCAGGGACCAGCAGUGCUGUAUAUUCCUUUUAUGGCACACUUAGCAAGAUUUAGUCUUUCUGUAACAAUUAGCUGUGUGCUAAUGCUGAAUGUUCUCCUACCUCACAUCAUGAGAAUCAGAAGGCUACUACUGGCCUUCUCAGACCUUCCUUCUUUCUGUUGGGUUUUCUGAGUCUGGAAUGAUCUCUCCAUUGAAUAGAGUAUUCCAACCAGUGUCCUGGCUACAGAUGUUUGAGUGAUUACUGUGUGUCAGAAAUGUCAGCUAUAUGCUCUUUCCUGCCACCUCAUGGUGGUUUUCUGGUGUUGGGAAGUUAAGUUUGAGUCGUUCUUAACUCUUUUUUGCAUUUGACUGUGCAUGUGUUUAUCCACAGCUCUCUUAUGUAGACUGAUCUUCCCUUACAGAACUGUUCCACUUAAAACUGGCCCACGACGCUUCCAUUAGUCCCUGCUGUUUUCCUGUGACUUUACUAACAUUUGAGAGAUUCUGUUGUGUAUACCUCAUAGAUUAUCCAUUUUUGCUACAAAGUUUAGUGCCAUCUCUUCAGUGGGUGCAGAGGCCACUGACUGAGAUGCACAGCAAAGCACUAAAUGUUUAAGCUGAACUUGCUGCAGUCUCCUUUCCAGUCCAGUGCCUUUUCUAUCUUUUUACUGAGCUGCUUCUGUCCCCAGUCCUCCUUGUUGGAAAGAUUUUAUUUUACUUUUCUGGGACUUUCACCAUCUCCCAUACAGUUUGGAGUUUUCUUUUUCUGUUAUUUAACAAUCUUUCUAAGUAAUUUUGUCUUAGAAGGGGUAAAGGGGUUGGAAAGGGUGAAGAGAUUCUCAGGAUGCUCUUGUAGGAGCUGGUGAGGAACUGAGACUGGAUUCUGUCCACAUAAGCCUGCCCAGAGCAGCUUAUUAGAAGUCCCAGAGCAUCACUGUCAGUGUUAUCCUCUGGCACUUGAAGUUUCAGAAUGCAACAGAAGUACUCUAGCACUACACAGAACAUCGGGAUGCAACCUUGAUCUCAGCCCACACACAGUCAGUCCUGUAGGAAUGGAUGGAAGAUUUGGUUCUUGUAUGUUUGUGGGCUAGAAAACUUUAGACUUUGUCCCUCUUCCUGUUCGACAGCAUAUACAUGACAAAGCAUGUUCCCUAGUCCUUGAGUUCAUGUGAUUGUUUUAUGAAUGCAGUUCUUUAGAAAAACUCAAGAAUUCCUGGAAAGAACAGGAAAAAAGUUAACCCUGCAUAUUAAUUCCAUGGGCUAGACUGGACAUCCUGAGGGGGACUGUGCUUAGCCUGUAUCUCCUGAGGCUAUCUGUGCAUUGACCUGGAAAUCAUGGAACAAGCCUGUUUUGUUGGCUCUUGGGAAGUAGAAGUAGGAGAAUUAUGAAUUUUAGGCCAGCAUUGGAUCUAUUACAAGCUGAAGACCAGACUGGACUCUCUGACUGUCUUGCCUGUUUGUGGAGAAUAUUUUCUCCUCUUGUUUCCAGCAGCAGGGAAAGCAGCAGCGGCAGAAUCUGGCACGUGCAUAGAGGUGCUCUCUUCAAGUGCACAUCAUUGAUGGAGUGGUUUUAUGACCAGUGGGAUUUUCGGCUCUUCCACUGUAAUUUCCUUUAAGUCUGAUAGUUUGAAGGUGCAGUCUUUCACGGUGGGGCAGUCUUGAGGCAGGACCAUGAGAUAACUACUGGUCACAUUGCGCCUGCAAUCAAGGAACAAAGGACAGCUUGGGUGUAUUCUUAAGAAAGAAUAUGCUCAGCAAGAAUAGCGAUUUGAGGGCCCUCCCCCCACCACCACCACACACUGAACCAUAUAGGGAGAACAGAGAAAUUAUGGUGAACUGGGAGCUUAGGAGAGAUAUGCAAAGGAACUUCCACAAUAGAAGUACAGCUGCUGUUCUGCUCUUCAUCCCUGUUUUUAACUUAGAGUCACUAUCACCUUUGCUGCUUCUUUUCUUCUCCUUAGGAGUCUCAGCACCCGCGAUUGCUUUCCUCACUCUGGAGUCCACCCUUCUGUCCUUGGGUGGCAUUUCUUAGCCUCCAUUCAACCUCGGGUCUCUUUGAUGUUACUCAGAGUGCUGAUCCUGGCUUCCAAUGUAGCUAGUAUCUUUUGGCUUGGCUCUCUUCUGGUUUUAGUACUGCAUACGUGUUCAUUCUGUGGGCUCUUGACCUGUCUUCUGCAUCCCCAUCCUCUUUGUCUUCCUGUAGGAGAGCCUACUGAUGUUCUUAGCUUUACUUUCCUAGGUACCAUUGGGACAUUUGCUAGAAUAGGGAUAUUUUCAAUGUUGAAUAGAGAUUGUUCUUGUGUGCUUCUUAAACAGGCAAGCUACCUAUAUCUUCUCUAUCUGGUUGCUUUUUCUCUAGUCCUGUUACAAGUGUGGUAGGUUUGGGUUUUAUUUGUUUGUAUGCUUUAUUUUUGUUUUUUCUUCUCUAUCUCUCUUUCUCUCUCUAUCUCUCUCUCUCACCCUCCCUCCCUCCCUCUCUCUCUCUCUUUCUCUUUCUCUCUUUCUUUUUUAGGUGUUGGGGAAGUAAAAUUAUGCCUCUGCUUGCCUGAAUCAUUGGAAUCCCAUCUUAGAGCCUGUCCUGAGUUUUAAGGCAUUUCAAACAUACUACCCCACUUUUAACUUCUAAAUAUUCGAGUUAUUUGGUAUACACAGACGUAACCUACUAAUCCAAAGAUACACAUUGAGGCACAUAGGAAGGGCAAGGGCGGGUCAUCAGAUUUGCAUUUGACGUCCAGCCUAGGCUCCUGAAUGAAGCAGCAGAGGGAUGGUAGUGCCAUGUGCCUUCACAGUGUCCCAGGAAAUCUGGGUUGGUUGCAAGAGAAAGUACCAGUAUUUUUGGUUCCAGUACGUAGCACAAGAGUUGAGAUGGAGACCUGGGGACAGGGGGAGCCCUGCACAUUGCUUUGUGUCGGAUGGGGAGGCCAUGGGGAGGGGCCAGCUGCUGACCAACAGCUGCUUGCAGAUCUUGCAGCCUCAUUUUUAGUGCUUGGGGAAAAUGUGGCUGACCACUCCUUGUGUUGUACAGAGUCCAGGCUAAGUGUCAGCCUCAGAUCUCCUACUGAUCUGGCAGCCUAACAAGUUAGCAAGAGUUCUGAUCACCUGCCCCUGCAUUCCUGAGUCAGUGCUACAACAGAAUGUGAGAGGCAAACCUCCACAUUGCCUUCAGUUUCCUUUCCUCUAACUCAGAAUGGAGGCCAGUGAAGAGGAUUGCUCCAUGCAUGCUGUGCAGCAGGCUCGCACUGCCUCCCCACGUGCGCCCUCAAGUGGGAGUGUGGAGCCUGUGCCACUCCUCCCCGCUACCUCUUACCCAGUAGUGGAGAGGGUGACCGUGUUCUGGCUGUAUGUAUUUAAGUGGCAAGUAAAUUCGGGGCCCUACGCGCUCUCUCUCCUGCUUUCUGGGCUAGUGAGCCUGCCUUGCAGGGCAUGAGAGUAGCCACCUCCUGACCUCCUCCGCAGCACCCUUAGGUGGGAAGUCUGACCUCUGCUGAAACAUGCUGCACAUGGCCGCUGGGAGGGGCCUCCCACAGCUGCUUUCUGGCUGUGCUGACUUGGGAGUUUUUAACCUUAUAUAUCUUUUUCCUUUAUUCAAAACAAAACAAUUUUUAGCACACUGAAAAAAAAAAGCCAAAUGUUUUGUGCCUUUCUAAGGCAGCGCUGUACCCCAGGCUGCAUCUUAGGACUUAAUAUGGAAAUACCAGAGUCUGAGCUCCUCUGCCUUGAAUAUCUUUAGCCCUGGAGUUUUGGGGACAAGGAUGUCUGGCUAGAGAGGUGGCACAUUAGGUGCCUAUACUCUCCUUUCUCUGCCAUGAGGCUUCACUGGAAAAGAGCAACCUUUUACUCUGGCAGCACUUGGUUGGUUCCAGGCAGCAGUUAGUGUUCGGAGAACUGCUCUGGGCGCCCCCCCUCGCCCCCACCCCCGAGAACAAUGCCCUGCAAAGCAGAGCUGUAGGGUGGACUCUUCUGGGAGGAGGAAAUGGUUCAUUUAUUGUCUUUUUGUUUUUGCUGGAUCUUGAGCCAGCUUCAACCUCCUGCCUCUCCUUAAGACUUGGCUGUCCUUUCUUUUGAAGGCUUCCACCAUAAAGCAUUAAGUGGCUGGUGCCCAUCGCAGGGUCUACUUGCACCCAGGGAGGGGCCACAGAACCUGAGGCCUGUCGGUCACACUGUCACAGGUUUCAACCACAGAUUUUUGUGCCCUCCCCUUCCUCCUGGCUCUCCCGUCCCUGCUAACAGAGCAGGGGUGGAAACAGUUCUCUUCAAGAUCUGCCUCAUUCGAGAUUUUUAAAUUCUUGAUUUGGGUGGGACAAGAGAGAACUUGAUAUUUUCCCCAGAAUAGAGUCCCAAUUUGUAUAUCAGUGUUAAGAAAACAAAACACACACUUAGGUGAGAGUCUCAUGGACUAUUUUUAAAAUGUCAUUAAUAUAAAAGAUUUCUAUUAGCAGUAUUUAAUCUCAUAAAGAGCAGACAGGUAAUACUCCUGCAGAGCAGCGGAGCUUUAAGACGUGUUCUCCGGUCCGUGUUGUUUUGCCAGUGUACUGAUGUGUAGAGGUCUGUUAUACUAAUUAGAAGUCUGUUAUACUAAUGUUAUUUAUUAAUUUUUUUCAUUUCCAUACAGUUAACUAAAGAGCUUUUUCAAGCACCGUGUCUGUAAAAAAAAAUAUUUUUAAAUAAAAUUUCUUUUGUUGUA